CGCCUGCGGCCACGUCCACGCCCCGGCCCGGCGCGGCGUCGCGGGAGUUGGCGGCGGCGACGGGAGGCGCGGGCCUGGGUGUGGCCGACGGAUCGCGGCGGUGCUCGGCGGUGCUCUGCGCUCUGCUGGCCGGCUCGCCGCGCGUGGGGCUGCCGAGAACCCCGCGGACAACCCAGGCGGCGCCCGGCGGACGCGGGCCCGAGCUCCUCCAGUUGCUUUGUGUUGUUAAUUUUGAAGUAAAAAAUUUUAAAAAAUGAGUGAACUGGAACAGUUGAGGCAGGAAGCCGAACAACUACGGAAUCAGAUCCAGGAUGCCAGGAAAGCAUGCAAUGAUGCAACACUUGUUCAGAUCACAUCAAACAUGGAUUCCGUGGGUCGGAUACAAAUGCGAACAAGACGUACGCUGAGGGGGCACCUCGCUAAAAUCUAUGCCAUGCAUUGGGGCUAUGACUCAAGGCUACUAGUCAGUGCUUCCCAAGAUGGAAAACUAAUUAUUUGGGAUAGCUAUACAACAAAUAAGAUGCAUGCCAUUCCUCUGAGGUCUUCCUGGGUGAUGACCUGUGCUUACGCCCCCUCUGGUAAUUACGUGGCUUGUGGAGGAUUGGACAACAUCUGCUCUAUCUAUAACUUAAAGACCAGAGAAGGGAAUGUGAGAGUGAGCCGAGAGUUACCGGGCCACAUAGGCUACUUGUCCUGCUGCCGUUUUUUAGAUGACAGCCAAAUCGUUACAAGUUCAGGAGAUACAAAUUGUGCCCUAUGGGACAUUGAAACUGCCCAGCAGACCACCACGUUCACCGGGCAUUCUGGAGAUGUGAUGAGUCUGUCUCUGAGCCCCGACAUGAGGACUUUCGUGUCUGGUGCUUGUGAUGCCUCUGCCAAGUUAUGGGAUAUUCGAGAUGGAAUGUGUAGACAGUCUUUCUCUGGACAUGUGUCAGAUAUUAAUGCUGUCAGUUUUUUUCCAAAUGGCUAUGCCUUUGCCACCGGCUCCGAUGAUGCCACUUGCCGUCUCUUUGACCUUCGUGCAGACCAAGAGUUACUAUUGUAUUCUCAUGACAACAUUAUCUGUGGGAUCACCUCUGUAGCCUUCUCAAAAAGUGGGCGCCUCCUGUUAGCUGGUUAUGACGACUUUAAUUGUAACGUGUGGGACACACUAAAAGGAGAUCGUGCAGGUGUUCUUGCUGGUCAUGACAACCGAGUUAGCUGUCUGGGUGUAACUGACGAUGGCAUGGCUGUGGCAACAGGCUCAUGGGACAGUUUUCUUAGAAUCUGGAAUUAACCGUGCAUACAAUUUUGCUGUUCUCUAUUGUUAUCUGGAGAAAUCAGUGCUACAGCCUAUAGCUGUGAUAAAAAAAAAAAUUGUCUUAUAUUUGCGGUUGAAAAUUUUUCUAUUGAGAUUACUACAUACAAAAGGAAUCUUCCAGUAAACUACAAAACAGAAAAGAAUGAAAAAAAAAGAAAGAAAGAAAAAAGGCAAAGGUGCUUGCUAAGAUCAAAAGGACCAGUGCAUUGAGCUCAUUUAACCUUGAAGUUUUGCUUUCACUGUCUAUUGUUUUGUUUGUGUAGAACAAAAUGUACACAUUAUAGCAACCCGUCAUGUUUACUUUCAUUGAUGAACUUCAUUUUAAACUUUGUAUACAUCAGAAAUGUCACUUUUUUUCUUCCUGUACUGGGAACACCAGGUACAGUAAUAGGUGGAGGUAAUACCAUGUGUCUGUCCUUAGGUUUGAAGAGUCUCCUUGAAUUCUGAGAUCCCUUUUUAAUUUAAAAGAUCCUGGUUGCUCACUGUGUUAAGAAUGCUGACAGGUAGGUGCCUGAGGAGAGCCCUUUUGAGUUUCAUUAGUUUCUUGGUGCAUCCUUUGCCAUCUUAUCAGUUUACCUAAGUGCUCAUUUCAGUCCUUUGAGGGGAAGAUAAUCUGAAGGGUCGGGGAUGGAGAUUUCACUCUGAAUCUUCAGACCUAUGUAAAGAACUUUAUUAAUAGGCAGACAGCAAUAAUCUCAUAUAAAUGAUUCUUGGCAUUUUAAAAAGCAGAUUAUGAUCAAAUAACACUCUGGGUAAUCCUCUACAUAGCUGAACUUCCCUAUUGGUUUCAUAUUCCAGAACUGAGUUUGUAGAGUAGACUCAUUAUUCCAGGACAUGGAUGCACUUCCCCCAGUGUUCUGUCAGUGCGCAUCUAAACCGAAGGAAAUAGGAUAGCGUUGUUUUGCAAAGUGUAAAAUGUAACCAAUCACUAGAUCUGAGUAGUUAUAGUUGUGAUGGGGUGGCUUUAUGAAUUAUGUUCACACAUAUGAAAUCUGAAUUGAUGUAAACUGUCACAUUUUAAAAGGGAAACAUUUAAGCUCUGCUCUUUGAAUUUCUUUCCUUCACACAAAAUAUUGGUUUCUAAGUGGUGUGGCUCUGCUUCGAAGAAUGGCCAGAUCCAAGUGGCUCCAUUUUAAGGCCAAGAGGAACAUUCCAAGAGUAAGUACUAAAGGGGCCAGAAGAAAAUACGAAGCAAGUCAUCCUGCUGCUUGUCAAUGGAAUAAAAUGUUGUCUAUUACUAGACUGAGCCAUCAUGGAUUUAAAACAAAGAUACUCUCCCCCUUGGAUUUUCUCCUACAAAUAAAUCUGAAUGAUUGCCAUGGGAAGACUGUUAGUCUGCUUGAUGGUGAAGUCAUGGGUUAUCCUGAUACAUUAUAGAAGUGUACUGUUAAAUCAAUAAACCGUCACUGUUGAGUUAGGUCUCUGUUAACUUUUGAUCACCUGGAACCCUAAAUACUCCCAUUUUUUAUGUCAGUUCUCAUUUUUAUAUCGUGAAUGUGCUAGUAAGUGCACCAACUAUAAUGAAGUCAGUUUUAACAUCAGUUGAUAUUGAAAAGAGAAUAAAAUGAAUAAAGGAAGAUUAAGAUAUGGGUCCAAAAAACAUACUUGUAGAUGGCAGGCAUGAACAUAUAUUCAUUUAUAUACAGAUUUCUAUGAACUUUUUGCUAUUAAUAUUUGUGGGCUAUAUCACUUCGUAAAGAGCAGCUCUUUGAGAAUAGACAAGAGUAUUGUAAAGCAAAAUACAAAAGGGGGUGAGGGUAUGCCAUGUAAUUCAGCUAUUCAUUCCAAAAUCUUAAGCACUUCUGCCAUGUGAAAAUAGCCUUGUGUAGAGAGCAAUCCCCUCUGUACAGUUAUUCUAGGAACUUUAGUGAGAGGCACACAAACUAUAGUUCUAUGGUCUUAAACAUGUUGAUCAAAAUGAUUUCUUUUACUGUGUUUAUGUGGAUAGCUGUAAAGCAAUUCCCAUAAUUAAAUAUGUACCAGGUAACUGAAACCUACUAAGAUUAUGGCUUAUUACACAUGACCAGAUGUUAACCUCCUUAUCACAUUUAUUAAAUUUUUGCUUUCCAGUAAUAAGGGUUCCAGUUGGUAAAUAUAUUUACUUGCAAUUUAAGUUCAGCUGAUUAAUUCUGUUGUUCAUGAGACUUCCUGAUGUUCAAAGAACAAUGUAUAAUUCGUAGAAACACUGUAGCUUGAAUUUUAGUUUUUGAAGACUUAAAAAAUAUGGCCAAAUGGUUUUAGAGAACUUGUAUCAUCAAGAAUAUGGCCCUGGCUGGUUUGGCUCAGUGGAUCGAGGAUCGGCCUGCGGAUUCAAGGAUCCCAGGUUCGAUUCUGGUCAAGAGCAUGUACCUAGACUGAUGACAAGAACAUACCCGGAGAUAAGGAGUUAUGGGUCAGAUUGUUGGACCUCAAAAGGAGGGUGGGAAUAAAGGGGAGAAAUCAACCAAAGGACUUGUGUGCAUACAUAUGAGCCUAACCAAUGGUCAAGGACAACGGGGGUGAGGGCAUAAGUGGGGAGAAGUGGGGGAUUGGAAUGGGGGGUUGAGAACGAAUAUGUGAUACCUUAAUAAAGAAAUUAAAAAAAAAAAGAGCAUGUACCAUAGUUGCGGGCACACACCCAGUAGGUAGUGUGCAGGAGGCAGCUGGUUGAUGUUUCUCAUCGAUGUUUCUAUCCCUCUCCCUCUUAAAAAAUCAGUAAAAUAUAUUAAAAAAGAAAAAAAUAUGGCUGUUUUGGCUUAGGGGUUGGAGCAUCAGCCGCCAACCAAAGGGUCACAGGUUUGGAUUCCUGGACUAAGGCACAUAAGUUGCCUGCAGUUGGGACUUGGCCCCUGUUGGGGAAUGUGCAAGAGGCAACCAAUCAAUGUCUCUCUCUCUCACGUUAUUUGUCUCUCUCCCAUACCGCCCUCUUUAAAAUAUCAAUGGGAAAAAUAUAAUCAGGUGAGAAUUAAAAAAAAUACAUUGGAGUUAACUGAACCUUUUUUUUUUUUUUAACCUUAUGAGAAACAAGUUUUAUUUGUAGACUCUCUAAUCACCUCAAAGUUUUUAAAGAUCUGACAAGAAUUUUCUUAAAAUAUUUUAAAAACAUAUAUUCUUUUCUAAAACAAAUAGUGGCCUGCCAUGUGGUUAACUAAAUCACCCAAAAACCUGCUCAAAAAAGGACUUCUUGCAACCAUGAGCUAGUCCCUCUAUACUUGUGACUCCAAGGUUACAGACACCAUAUUGAGAUCAAUGUUCAUAGAGGCAAAGAUUUGGGAUUAAUAUUUCAAUAAUAAGAGACUUAACAAGUAUAAUAGUUCUUUUAGAUUCAGGUGAACUGAUGAAUAUGACAAAAGUGUAGUCUGUUAAACAUAAUGGAUGUAAGUGCUUCUGGAGUAUGGGGUAAACAAUUUAAAAGUUAACCUAAUAGAUGUUGACUUCUCCAGGUGAGAAAAUGCAAUUACUGUU